AUGCCAGCCAAAGUUCGUGGUCGGGCCGCGUGCAACCAAUGUCGCUCACGGAAGCAAAAGACCGGUUUGCUCGCGUUGUCGAGACUUGAACAAGCCUUGUCAAUGGCCAGGUCUGCGGAAACGGCUUCUUUGCUCAACUAUCAAAUCCGCAGGGGACCCGCAAAAGGGUACACUGAAGCUUUGGAGCACAGGCUGAGAGAGACGGAGACGGCUCUCUUGCGCAUUGUCUCGGUCGUUGAUGGCGCGACUCUGGAAGCGGCUUUUCAGGACAGCGGCGCCAGAAGCCACAUCCCGGAUGCCGUCUCGGAAGCCAAAACGGACAAGGCCGAAAUGGCUGCGCGCUGGGAGACGUUUCCGUUGUCUACGCCCGGGGACAUAAUGACUUGGGCCAAUGAGCAGCGAGCUCCCUCGCAAGAUUCCCAAGCGGGGGAUGACGCUGCAAUGCGUCUUUCGGAGGGAUCGGCUGCGCGCCUCGGACAGCAAUUAUCCAAUCACGACUCGCUCAUGGAGUUUGAAAUAUCACUCACGCAAAACAUGGCAGAAUACCCCCAGUUGUCGACAAAUGUUGCUAGUACGCCUCGGUUCUUACAGGGGGGCUCACUGGACUCGAGCCCUCAGGAGCAUGUAUUCGACAUGCCGGAGCAGUUUAAAGAGCAGUAUCUUUGGUAG